AGAAAAGUCCCUAACUUUUAAAAUAUUUCCUUGAAAAUUUUUCAGUUAGUGAUUUCUAAUUAAUUCUUAAUAUAUCUACUGCCUUGAAAGUUCCCUUCAUCCAUGAAUUUAGAUGCAUCAGGUGGUUGAAAAGAAAAUUCAAUUUGCUUAACGCUUCAUUGGACAGACACAUGUGGUGUGGUUAGUGAUAAGGUAAUUGUAACAGAAAGAGAACAGAAUUCCUUCAGUAACCGCUCUAUGCUUGUUAGGAGAUGUACGUUCCUAUGAAUACGUACGUUUGUUUCAGAAAUACUUUUUUUCAUUGCAUCUACAAUUUUAUAAAACAUCACAUCGUGAUGUUCAAAAUGUGUACUUAUUUGUGUUUUGUGUUCGGUCUCUUAUAUGGAAGUCGCGACCUGUUUCACAAUCCUCAGUGUCUACUUGAAAUGCCUGCGACAGCAACGAAAAUCUUCAGAGAACCGGAAAAGUGCGACUUUUGUCGCAAUAUUGCAAACGUCGAUAGAAUAGAAAACAUUUCUUCCACCGAUUUUCAUUCAAAAUACGCUCUACUGGGCAAGCCUGUUAUUGUAGCCGAUGGAAUGAGAGACUGGUCGGCACAAAAUGAAUUCUCAUUUGAAUUUUUCCAACGUCUUUAUCAAAAUAUUCAUGGAAAAAUCCUGUCAAAGAGUUGCCAGUUCUUUCCUUAUAAAACUGAGUUUAAAAAUUUGAGAGAAGUGUUCGAAAUGUCCAAGUCCAGAGCAAAUCUUGUCCCUGGAGAAAAGCCAUGGUAUGUUGGUUGGAGCAAUUGCAUGGAUAAAGCUGGGCAAUAUUUAAGGAAGUAUUACUCUAAACCAUAUUUCUUGGGCAAUUAUUCAGAAAAUAUUGCUCUCAGCUGGAUAUUCAUGGGCGGCCCCGGAGAUGGAGCACAGAUGCACGUUGAUAAUGUUCUCUAUCCAUCUUGGCAAGCUCAGCUCAAAGGUAAAAAACUAUGGAAGUUAGCCCCUCCUCCAGAGUGUUACAAUGUUUGUCAAAAUAUUGAGGUUUUGGUCCAGCCCGGAGAGAUAAUUGUUAUCGACACAAACCGAUGGUAUCACCAAACCGCAGUUUUGUCAGAAGUUGUGAGCAUUACAAUUGGCUCUGAAUUCGAUUGAAAUAUCGAAUUUUUUGAAACAACUCUUAAUAUAAAUUAUCAACUACCUUACUUUAAACUUAAACAGUAUAAAAUGAUGGCCGAGAGUAGCAGCGCAAUGGAAAUCCAGCAUGCAAUAUUUCAUACAAUGUAAUUGCUUAUUCAAGAAACACUUAAUUGUGAGAUUUCCACUAGACAGUUUACAAAACUUACACACUUGUUUUGCUAUACAAUAGCUUUAUGAAGCGUUUUCAUCGAGCGUUGAGUAUGAACACGCUUGAUAAAGCCAUUAUUGUACCUAUAGGGAAACACGUGUUGAGAUAUUGUAAACUGUCUAGUGGAAAUAUCACAAUGAAGUGGUAAGAAUCGAAUGAUUUAUUGAAAAAAUUAUCAUGUGAUAAUAAAAUGACCUUGUCUCUCUCUUAAAUUUCCAUUUUGUACAUUAAUGUAAUGUAAUAUUAUUUGGAGUUUUCAUGAAACGCAAAUAUCUUAAAAACCGAGCCAGAUAGGAAAAAUGUUCAAUUGCUUUUACUUUAACUAUGUGUGAAACUCAAAAUGUCUGAUAACUAGGAGGAAUACAUACCUACGUAUU